AUGACCGUCGGCGAACCAGCCCCGCCGCAGCAGCAGGCAUCCGCAGCUCCCUCCGACGCUGCACCGCCGCUGCCCCCCACCGCAAAGAAGACAAAGCUCACCGGCCGCGAGUUCUGGGAGUCCAUUGGGUCCCCGCGGACGAUCGUCGCGCCCAUGGUGGAGCAAUCUGAAUUCGCCUGGCGCAUCCUCUCCCGCCGCCACUCGCCGCCCAACACGCUCUGCUACACGCCCAUGUUCCACUCCCGCCUCUUCGCCACAACCCCCACCUACCGCGCGCAAUCCUUCCAGCCCCCGCACCUCGACGGCAACCCCACCCACGACCGCCCAACAUUCGUCCAGUUCUGCUCCAACUCGCCGCAAGACCUCCUCGCCGCCGCGCAGCACGUCGCCCCGCACUGCGACGCCGUCGACCUCAACCUCGGCUGCCCGCAGGGCAUCGCGCGCAAGGGCCACUACGGCGCCUUCCUCCAGGAGGAGUGGCCCCUCGUCCACAACCUCAUCCGAACGCUGCGCGACGGCCUCGACGUCCCCGUGACGGCCAAGAUCAGGAUCCUCGAGACGCGCGAGCGCAGCCUGGAGUAUGCGCGCAUGGUGGUGGACGCGGGGGCCAGCGUGCUGACGGUGCACGGGCGGACGCGCGAGCAGAAGGGCCACAACACGGGCAUGGCCGACUGGGCGGUGAUCAAGUACAUCCGCGACCACCUGCCGCGCGAGGUGGUGGUGUUUGCGAACGGGAAUGUGCUCUGGCAGGAGGACGUCGCGCGGUGCAUUGCGGCGACGGGCGUCGACGGCGUCAUGAGCGCCGAGGGGAACUUGCAUAACCCUGCGGUCUUCCAGACGAGCAGGGACUGGGAGGAGCGGUUCCCGAGGAUGGAUCAAAUCGGCAGGGAGUACAUCGAUAUCGUCAGGGAGUAUGUGCUGCCGCCGUUGGGGCUUGGGGAGCUCUGGGCGGAGCAGCCGAUGACGAAGAGGACGAGGAAGAGGUUUGAGGUGCUGAUGGCGGAUCCGAGUCUGACGCCGAUCAAGAGCCACUUCUUUAAGCUGUGGCACUCGGCGCUGCCGAGGCACACGCAGGUGCGGGACCUGCUGGCGCGCAGUGGGGCGAGGGUGGGCGAGGAUCCGCUGGCGUCGUUUGAAGCUACGUUGAAGGAGCUGGAGAAGGCCAUCGCGGGCGAGCUGGAGAGGAAUCCGGAGCCUGUGGAUGCUGAUGGGAAGUGGGUUGGGCCCGAUACACCAGUGGAGGAGGCGGGCGAUAGUAAGGAGGGCAUUCUCGUCGAGCUGGAGGACGGGCGGAAGGUCAGGAGAGUGGUGCCGUGGUAUCGGUGCCAGCCUUACUAUCGUCCAUUGCCGGAGGAGGCGCUGGCAAAGGGAGCUUUGCAAUUGAAGAAGAAGAACAAGGCAAAUACUGAGGGAAGAGAGGAGGGCGAGAAUAGCAAAAAGGUCAAGGUCGACCCCGAGGUUGAGGCUGUUGCUGCCGCGGAAGUGCUCGCUGCAGAGGCGGUCGAAAGUAACAAAAAGGGCCAAGUUAACCCCGAAGUUGAGACUGUUGCUGCCGCAGUAGGAGCGCCCUCUGGAGAGGAGGUUUGCGGGUAG